AUGGGAAAGAAAUCCUAUCCAUGUGCAGACUGUGAGAAGGUCUUCAGCUGGAGCUCAGCCCUGAUCACCCACCAGAGAACCCACACGGGUGAGAGGCCCUACAAGUGCCCUGCCUGUGGGAGAGGCUUCAGCCAGAGCUGCAACCUUGUCAGACACCACCGCACCCACACUGGGGAGCGGCCCUACGAGUGUGGUGAGUGCGGGAAGAGCUUUGGCCUCAACUCCCACUUCCUCAAGCAUCAGCGCACCCAUGCCAAGCCCUACCCUUGUGGGGUCUGCCAGAGAGGCUUCUACAGCUCCUUGGCCUUGGGCAGGCACCAGAGAGCCCACGCACAGGAGCAGUGCUACACCUGUACAGACUGUGGGAAGAGAUUUCGGGUGCGCUCGGCACUAGCCCAGCACCGCAGGACGCACACAGGUGAGAGGCCCUUCCAGUGCUCCAACUGUGGGAAGGGCUUCAGCCAGAGCUCCAACCUGCUCACGCAUCAGCGCGUCCACACUGGGGAGCGGCCCUUCCACUGCACUGAGUGUGGGAAACGCUUCGCUGUCAGCUCCCACCUCAGCACUCACCAGAGGAACCAUCACGCGGAGCGGCCCUGCCAGUGCACUGCCUGCGGAAAAGGCUUCGCCAACCCUGCCAAGCUACUUGCCCACCAGAGACGCCACACGGGGGAGCGGCCCUUCCAGUGCCCCGAGUGCAGAAAGUGCUUCAGUGACAGCUCCCUCCUGGUGAAACACCAGCGUAUCCACACUGGGGAGCGGCCCUUCCAGUGCCCCGAGUGCGGGAAGAGCUUCAACCGGAACCUGACCCUACUCAGACACCGGAGAGUGCACACCGGGGAGAGGCCCUAUAUCUGCCCUGCCUGCGGGAAGGGCUUCAGCCAGAGCUCCCACCUCAUCACUCACCAGAGAGUGCACACAGGGGAGCAGCCCUACAAAUGCCCCACCUGCGGGAAGGCCUUCAGCCAGAACUCCAACCUGAUCCGGCACCAGAGGAACCACAAGCACCAGGGCACACUGUAA